AAUGACUAUCAUUCGCGGGAAAUUGAACAUCUGUUCCCUAUUGGUUGUUGGAGACGCACGGCUAGGCCCGCCAUACUGCAAAGGAGAAUCAGUAGCCGAGUUCGUAAGCGCGUGUGUGGCAAGAUGUCGACUGACAAGAAAAAUGCUGAAAAUGGGGAUAUGGAGGUCGAAGAAACUUCUAAUGAUGAGACAUCAGACACUAAACCAGCGACCAAUGCCGAUGCUUCAGAAGAAUCUUUGAAAUCCAAAGAUAAAGAUUCGAAGAAGAAGUUAAAAGGCAAGGAUGUGAAAAAGGAGUCUAAAGCGGCCAAUGCAAAAUCUGCGAAAGAAGGGAAGGCAGGGAAAGUAAAAGAUGAGGACAGCAAGUCAGAAGAGGAGGAUGAAGACGAUGAAGAUGAUGAUGAAAAGAGUGAUGGAAAAGUGCCUCUUCUUGAUCAACCACUUGAAUUAUCUGGAACUCGUGAAAGGAAGAAAGUUAAUCGGUUUAGCGAAGAAUACAAAACAGAGCCAAAAGAUUCUGCUCCUUUGGAAAUUCCGGAAGGAAGUGGUACCCUGUUGGGGAGUAUUCCUCGCAUAGAAUCAAAUCUCCAGAGAUCAAAACCAAGCUCGUUGAAACCUCUUCACAAGCUUCUUUUCAACAGAGCUGGGAGAGCCUCUUUAUUGAAGAAAAACAUUAGGAAAUUCAAUGGAUUUGACUUUGAUAAGGAUUCUGAUCAGUUUGUGAAGAAAAAACAAACUCUUUUGAAGUAUGAUAUGAAGUCUUUGAAAGAAUUGUGCUCCAUUAUGGAUUUAAAGAUAUCACUAAAACGUGAUGAACUUGCUGAGACGCUUAUGAAUUUUCUUCUAAAACCUGAAGAUUCUGGUAAAGGUGCUAAUAUUAAGCCACGUCCUAAACGUACUGCUCGUGCCAACAAUAAGACUUAUUCAGAAUCUGAUGACGAACAAGAGGAAAGAAAAUCAUCGCGCCGGGGUAAAAAGAAACUUGUUAGUUUAAAGGAAGCGUCUUCAGAAGAUGAGGAUGAGGAUGAUGAAAAAGAUAAGGCAGAUAAAAAGGAUGCGGAAGAGGACGAGGAUAAUGCUUCAGAUGAUGGUAAAAAGGAGAAAGAUGAUAAAGAAAAUGAUUCUGUUGAAGAUGCAAAAGAAAAUGACUCUGAAGGUGAUGAUGAUGCAAAAGAUCAAGAGAGUGAUGAUUCUGAAGAAACUUCAUCUAAAAGCAAAAAGGGUGGGCGAGCGGGCAAAAACAACAAGAAGCAGGCUGCUAAAAAGCCUAAAGCAGCCACUAAGAAAGCAGAAAAGAAACAGGCCUUAAAGAAGAAAGCCAAAAGUGAUGAAGAAUCUUCUGCAGAUGAACCAUCAACAAAAAAAUUGAAGGCACCUCCUACAGAUGAAGAAAUUAAGAGUUAUGUCAAACAAAUUUUGGAGGGUGCUAACUUAGAAGAAACAACUAUGAAGAUCGUUUGCAAGCAAGUGUAUGCUCAUUAUCCAGAAUUUGAUCUUGCACACAAGAAAGAUUUCAUUAAGACUACUGUAAAAUCGAUCACAAAUUCAAUUGUGUUAAAAGUCAUGUUUGAGUUGUGUAUAAAAGUAAUUGAUUCCAUGGGGUACAGGCUGAAUGACGCUGAUGAUGCUCUUGUGGAAUGA